AUGUUUCUAAAUUUCGAUGAUACAGGAACUUGGUGCCUUAUCGAAAGUGUUUUUACCGAAUUAAUUAGAGCAUUUGAAGUCAAAGAUGUUCAAGUUGAAGAAGUAUGGAGUUUAGAUAACCAAACUCUCGAAGAUCUAAAACCUGUUUAUGGUUUGAUUUUUCUUUUCAAAUGGCAGGGUGGUAAUGAUAGUUCUCAAUUACAUCCUGAGGCAGAUUUAAGUUUAGACGAAAAUGUAUAUUUUGCAAAACAAGUAAUUAAUAAUGCAUGCGCUACCCAAGCUAUUUUGUCUAUAUUAUUAAAUUGUCCAGGGAUUGAUUUAGGUCCAGAGUUACAAAAAUUUAAAGAUUUCACAAAGGAUUUUGAUUCACAGUCUAAAGGUUUUGCAAUUACGAAUAGUGAUCUUAUUCGUACUGUGCACAAUAGUUUUGCUAAUUCUGAGCCUUUCUUUUUGGAAAAUCAACCAUCAACAUCUGAUAAAGACGAUAUUUUUCAUUUUAUAUCUUAUGUUCCAGUUAAUGGUGCAUUAUAUGAACUGGAUGGAUUAAGUACUGGACCAGUCAAUUUAGGUCCAUGUACUGAAAAUGAUUGGCUCGAAAAAGUACGUCCAGUGAUACAGGAAAGGAUGUCAAAUUAUGCCUCAGCAGAAGUUAAGUUUAAUUUAAUGGCAUUGAUUAAGAACCGUGAAACAAUUUACACAGACCAUAUUCGUUCGAUUGAUAUUGCUAUCACUAUUGCUGCUAAUCAUAAUAACAAUGACAACACAGAAGAAAUAUUACGAUUAAAUCAAGAAAAAGAAGUGUAUUUACAAAAACUUGAAGCUGAAAAAUAUAAAUUUAAACGUUACGAACGUGAAAAUGCUUUACGUAAACAUAACUUUAUUCCUUUAAUAUACAAUAUUCUUCGGACACUCGCUGAUCAUGAUCAAUUAGUGCCACGGGUGGGCAAUGGCACAGUAACCUUUUCUUUUCAAGAUUUGCCCAAUAAUAAUAGUGGAGUUUCUGCGCCUUUACCACGUCACACCUGUCCAUGUUAG